GCUCGCGGCUCCGCCCGGCACCCGUAGGAGGCGAGGAGGUCGCGCCAAGAUGGCGGGCGGGUCGGCGGUGCGCAUCAGCAUCGAGUCGGCGUGCGAGAAGCAGGUGCAGGAGGUGGGGCUGGAUGGCAGCGAGACCUAUCUGCAGCCCCUCUCCAUGUCCCAGAACCUGGCGCGCCUGGCGCAGCGCAUCGACUUCAGCCAGGGCUCCGGCUCCGAGGAGGACGAGCCGGGCUCGGCGGGCCGAGCCUGGGCCGAGCCGAGCGAGGCGGAGGAUGAGGAAGGGUUGGUGAAGUUUCAGCCGUCUCUCUGGCCCUGGGACUCGGUGAGGAACAACUUAAGAAGCGCCCUGACUGAAAUGUGUGUGCUGUACGAUGUCCUCAGCAUUGUCAAGGAUAAGAAGUUCAUGACUCUGGAUCCAGUGGUGCAGGACCCUCCUCCUCCCAAGCAGAAUCCUCAGUUUCUACAGCUGAUUUCAAAAAAGAAGUCAUUAGCAGGUGCAGCUCAGAUCCUGUUAAAAGGAGCAGAAAGAUUAUCCAAAUCAGUUGCAGAAAACCAGGAAAAUAAGCGACAAAGAGACUUCAACUCAGAACUGCUGAGACUGAGACAACACUGGAAGCUGAGAAAAGUGGGAGACAAAAUUCUUGGUGAUCUGAGCUACAGAAGUGCAGGUUCCCUUUUCCUUCAUCAUGGCACAUUUGAGGUGAUCAAGAACACUGACAUUGACCUGGAUAAAAAGAUACCUGAGGAUUACUGUCCUUUGGAUGUUCAAAUCCCAAGUGAUUUAGAGGGAUCAGCCUAUAUAAAGGUUUCCAUUCAGAAACAAGCUCCAGACAUUGGUGACCUUGGGACAGUCAAUCUCUUUAAAAGACCCAUGCCAAAAUCAAAGCCAGGUACUCCGCACUGGCAGACAAAACUGGAGACUGCACAGAAUGUUCUCUUGUGUAAAGAAAUCUUUGCCCAGCUGUCACGAGAAGCUGUUCAAAUUAAAUCACAAAUUCCUCACAUUGUUGUGAAAAAUCAGAUCAUCUCUCAGCCUUUCCCAGGUUUGCAGCUGUCUAUUUCUCUGUGUCACUCUUCCAAUGACAAAAAAUCACAGAAGUCUGCUUCGGAAAAACAGAAUCCAGAGGAUCAUCUCUAUGUUCUGGAACAUAAUUUGCAUCAACUUAUCAGAGAGUGUCACAAGCAAACUUUGAGCUCAACAGUGAUGCCACAUCCAGCUAGUGCCCCUUUUGGCCAUAAGAGAAUGAGGCUAGCAGGACCACAGGCUUUUGAUAAAAAUGAAAUCAGUUCUUUGCAGUCAAACGAAGGACUUCUGGAAAAGAUAAUAAAACAGGCAAAACACAUCUUCCUGAGGCGCAGAACUGCUCGAACCAUUGACAGUCUGGCCAGUCGUAUUGAGGACCCUCAGAUUCAGGCCCACUGGUCCAAUAUAAAUGAUGUUUAUGAAUCCAGUGUUAAAGUUCUAAUAACUUCUCAAGGAUAUGAGCAGAUAUGCAAAUCCAUUCAACUCCAACUCAACAUUGGAGUUGAACAAAUCAGAGUGGUGCACAGAGAUGGAAGAGUUAUUACGCUGUCCCAUCAAGAGCAAGAACUGCAGGAUUUCCUUUUAUCUCAGAUGUCGCAGCACCAAGUACAUGCAGUUCAGCAGCUUGCGAAAGUUAUGGGAUGGCAUGUGCUGAGUUUCAGUAAUCACGUUGGCCUGGGGCCAGUGGAGAGUAUUGGCAAUGCAUCAGCAAUAACUGUAGCAUCACCAAAUGGAGACUAUGCCAUUUCAGUGCGAAACGGUCCUGAAAGCGGCAGCAAGGUUAUGGUUCAGUUUCCGCGGAGUCAGUGCAAAGACCUCCCCAAAGGCGACGUGCUGCAGGACAACAAAUGGAACCAUCUGCGAGGGCCCUUCAAGGAAGUGCAGUGGAAUAAAAUGGAAGGGCGCAACUUCGUGUACAAAAUGGAGCUGCUCAUGGCAGCCCUAACGCCGUGCUAACGCUCUGUCACUCUCUUCGCUGGGGCUUUGACUCAUUGCUGUGCUGCCCGAGCAACAAGGGAUAAUGGAGCCUAUGGGGCUGUACAAGAAAAUGAAACCAAAUUUAUUUCCUGUGCAGGCAUGGCUGUUGCGGAGUUUAUAAUUAAAAAGUUAUCAAUGAUUUAUAUAGAAUACAGCUUUUUCAAAAAGUUCCUUUCAGCUGUACCUUUGCAGGCUGCUCUACCUAGACCGACAAGCCAGAGUGAUUAACGUAUUUUAUAACGUGAAAUUCAGUAGUCCUUUGCUGAAUGAGAGGUGCCUGCUCAAAAUGAUACCCUCUCCUUCCCGGCCUCUGCUUUUUCUGAAUAAAUUUUUACAAACGUUUCUGAAAGGAGAACAUUCUGAGAUCUAAGGUGUGCAACUGAUAAGCCUUUUAGUGGCUUAUAUCACAAGGCAAGUACCAUUGCGUAAAAUUCAAGUAACAGGUCUUCACUGCGUGAUGCUCUUGGCUUGGCGGGUGAUGGCGUACCUCUGCACUGCAGUGACGUGGCUCUGGGUCACCCACUGAGUUUCCUGCUGAGAGGAACAGCGGCGUUGAGAGUGUUAUAAAGUCACAGCCUGUGUCAUGGCUAUAGAUGUACGAGUCCCAUAGGCUCAUACAUUACUUUGCUUGCAAUUUCUGUUGUUUGCAAGCAUGUAGAGGAGACGGUCUUUAUCUACAUGUAAAGUUCUCAUGCCAGUUUGAAUUUUUGUGUAAAUUUUUUUGUGUAAACUCACGUCUAGAAAGAACAGACCAGGAUCAGAGGAGGAGCAGGUAACUCAUAUGCAGUAAACCCUGGAUCUCCAUUGUCAUCCUGUUCUUUUCUUUCUGCCCUGGCAUUCACUGCCAUUCAGAAGAAUGCUAGUAUUAUUCCCUUAGAGAGAGCUCCCCUGAGGUCUUAAAGACGUAAUUUUUUUUUUUGUUUCUUUGUUGUAAUUGUAGCUGCCUUGAUGUUUCCACUAAAGUUUUGCACAGUUUUCCUUUUGUGAUUAACGACUAAAGGUCUUUUUGGAACUUGCCUGUACGAGCUGGUUAGGACUUGCAUCCAUACUGUAUUACGAGGCGUGUAUAUAUAUGCAUAUAUAUGUAGAUGAGAACUUCUUGCACAUAGAACAUGCUUGAAUUAAAGCAUCGUACUUCUGUAGUAA